AUGAGUCUCGACAGUUGUGACAUCUGUGGUUUAGUCUAUGUCUAUAGACCGAACUGGGGGUCAAGACAGCUAAGGAAGCAUGAAGAAAACUAUCCGACGCAUGACUUGGAGAUGGCGGCAGUUGUCUUCGCGCUGAAGAUAUGGAGAUCUUAUCUGUACGGGGAGAGUGUUCAGGUAUUAACAGAUCACCAAAGUCUUAAAUACUUGUUCACUCAAGCAGAUCUCAACCUGCGCCAGAGACGUUGGAUGGAGUUUAUUGCGGACUACGACGUGAAGAUUCAAUACCACCCUGGAAAGGCCAACGUGGUAGCUGAUGCUUUGAGCCGCAGAAGAGCAGAAGUGAGUGUGGAGAAGGAUCUAGAGACACUAGGUCGUGAACUGAAGCUAGUAAGUUUAUCAGCCUUGGAAGGAGAGUCCAGCGAGAGGUUGGGACUACAAGCGAUAAACCAAGCCAGCCUAGUGCAAAGGAUUCGAGAAGAACAGCAACGGGAUGAGAAAAUUCAGAAGAUCGCUACUCGGAUUAGAGAAGGAGAAGGCGAUAAUGAGGAGUAUCAUUUAGCAGAAGAUGGAACCGUUCUUCUCCAAGGAAGGAUCACUGUACCUGAAGGAGGAGAGUUACGAGAAGAAAUACUAAGGAUGGCGCAUCAUUCCAUACUUAGUAUUCAUCCCGGAAGCACGAAGAUGUACAAGGACAUACGGAGAUAUUAUCAUUGGCCUGGAAUAAAGAAAGCAGUGGCAAGAUAUGUCUCCCAAUGCCAGAGUUGUCAACAAAUCAAGGCGGAACACCAAGUACCAGGAGGGUUACUUCAAAGUCUGCCUAUACCAGAAUGGAAAUGGGAUUCCAUUGCUAUGGAUUUCAUCACAGGAUUGCCCAUAGCAAGAGGAAGGCAGAACAACACUAUAUGGGUUAUAGUGGAUCGACUAACUAAGGUAACUCGCUUGUUACCUGUUAGAGAUACUGAUAAGGUGGAGAUCUUAGCCGACCUAUACAUCAAGCAAAUAGUUAGGCUACAUGGAGUGCCAACGGACAUUGUAUCCGACCGCGACCCAAGGUUCACUGCAAUAUUCUGGAGAGCACUGCAAGGAGCCUUAGGAACGGAACUACACAUGAGCACUGCAUUUCAUCCCGAGACCGAUGGCCAGACAGAACGAACCAUCCGGACUUUGGAGGAUAUGCUUAGGUUGUGCAUAUUGGAUUGGGCUGGUAUGUGGGAGGAAUAUCUACCGUUCAUAGAGUUCUCCUACAACAACAGUUAUCAUUCCAGUAUCGGCAUGUCACCAUAUGAAGCACUAUAUGGUAGACCUUGCCGCACUCCACUUUGUUGGACUGAAGUUGGAGAAAGAAGAAGGUUCGGACCGCCGAUGGUUGAAGAAACGAUGGAGAAGCUUCAAACAAUCCGAGCAAAACCGGCGAGAGAUAGUCUUUACCAUUGGAGAUUGGGUAUACCUUAA